AUGGCGACCGAAGUUGCUUGCAGAAGGUGCGUGCAAGCACUUGGUCUGGGAAUACGACGAAAUCCGACCACACCGGCUCCAAAGCUGAGGCAGCUCGCUCGCCUCAGUCACAGAUAUCGAACUUAUUCCACGCCGUCUCGACAGAAUAUUUCUCCACUGCAGCAAGGGCAAUUAAAGCUGAAUGAUUGCAAGAGCCAGAUAAGAGGGGCAGCCUCGCUAGCUACCUCCCAGGAAACCUCUACUAACGAAAAAUCGGAACCAAAAAGGCCACUUCUGCGUCGAGACAAUCUCUUCCAUUCAUACAGCGAUUCCCCUUCGCCGCAGAUAAGGAAACGAGCGCAAUUUAUUAAGGAGCAUGCGUUCUGCCCACAUCCAGACCAUCAGCAAACUCGCGCCUCGGUCUCUCCCGUUAGUUCCGAAGCUGAGAGCCCAGCUAUCCCCAAUGAACAGAAACAACUUCCUGCCCAUGCCCAGCAUGAAUGCCCGGAUUGUGGAGUCCCAAUCUAUUGCUCUGAAGAACAUUGGAUGGAUGACUUCGAGGCACAUCUAGAAGUCUGUGAGACUAUCCGGCAGAUAAAUGAGGAUGACCACGACUUGCAAUCGGGACGUUUCUUCACGGAAUUUGACUAUCCCGGCUACCAAGCGGACGAGAUCGUUGUCAACAUGACAAAUUGGGAUACUUUCUUAUACACCAGAGAGUUCGAGGCUGUCAAUGAUGAUAGGAGCAUGCGCCAGGUUACUAGGCUUCUUACUUACCCAGUCACAAUUGCGAGUGUGCUACAUGAACUCAGCCCUUACAACAUCUCAAGAGGUGGACGUUUAACCCCGGAGGGAUUGAAGAGCUUAAGUGCUUUGCGUUAUACGCUACAUCCACCAAGGACCGGCGAGGGAAGCACCAUGAAGGGACUGCGGCUGAAAGCCCCUCCAGUUCGAAUCUUUGUUCUCGGCGCGCGUGCGGAGUCGUCGUUACCACGAGAGGUCUGGAUGCAGAUUUCACACCUAUUCCCUCGUGCUACUAUAAAUUUGAUUUUCAUUGGGCCUGAGAGCAUGGCAAACCGUGACAGCGAAUUCCCGCUCCCAGAACGCACAGCAAGUAAUCCUUUCGGGGGAAUUGUUGAAGACCGCCUUGGUUCUCAGAUGAAAAUAACCACAUACGUUGAUUACUUCCAUACCAUGCACAAGGCGAACAUGUUUGCGCCCUAUGACCCUUACUUUGAUUGUUUCAUGCUUUUCCAUCCUGGCUUGGGACACCCGGCUAGCUCCCACGAGUGGGAGGAGACUCUUCCAUGUCUGUUGGAGACGAAAGUGCCUAUCAUAUGCACCGGUUACACGCAGAGUGACAUGGAGAGAGAUCUGAACUGGGUAAAGGAGAAAUGUGGUGGUGAAGCAGACAUUCUUCUUGAGCAAGGGGAGAACAGGUUCCGGAGCUUGAGGUGGGAUUUGAACGAUUUAGAUCCCCAUGACGUAUCUUGCGGCAACUGGGGAGUGUGGGCGUUCAGAGGAAAGAGAUAUGAAGCCACUUUCAAAGACUCUUGA